CCUACAAGUGUGACCAGUGCGAGUUUUCUGCUGCAUGGAAAUCCACUUUGGACAAUCAUCUAGUAAAACACACCGGUGACAAACCCUACAAGUGUGACCAGUGUGACUAUUCUGCAGCACUCAAAUCCUACUUGGACCGACACCUGAGAAUACAUGCUGUAGAAAAACCCUACAAGUGUGGGGAGUGUGGGUACAGGACAGCUCAAAUGUCUGCCUUAUCCCGACAUAUGAGAACCCAUACAGGAGAGAAGCCCUACAAGUGUGACCAGUGCGACUAUUCUGCGGCACAGAAAAUCAAUUUGGUCCAACAUACGACAAAACACAGUGGUGAGAAACCCUACAUAUGUGGGGAAUGUGAGUACAAGGCAACUAACAAAUCUCACUUAUCCCGACAUAUGAAAAUUCAUACAGGAGAAAACCCUACAAUUGUGACCAGUGUGACUAUUCUGCUGCACAUAAAAGCAAUUUAGACCGACAUAUAGCAGCAAAGCACACUGGUGACAAACGGUACAUGUGUGAAGUGUGUGGGUUCAGGACUGCUUAUAGGUCUGAAUUAUCCCGACAUGUGAGAACCCACACAGGGGAAAAGCCCUAUAAAUGUGACCAGUGUGACUAUUCAGCUGCAGGGAAAUCUGCUUUGAACCAACAUUUAGCAAAGCACAACGGUGAGAAACCCUACUUGUGUGAAGAGUGUGGGUAUAGUGGGACGCGAAAUUCUUACUUAUCCCAACACAUGAGAACUCACACAGGAGAAAAACCCUACAAGUGUGGGGAGUGUGGUUACAGGACAGCUGACAGGUCUACGUUAUCCCGACACAUGAGAACUCAC